UCCCACCAAACUUGAGGGCUAUAUAAAGUGCCACACGAUUCUGGUGUGAGAGACCUGGAGAACCCGUAAAAUUGUAUUUCUCUGAACAAAACAUCAACUAUACAUAGUAAGUUGUAGAGAUGAGGCUGCUCCUGGCUACACUACUGCUGGCUUCUGUAGCUGCCAUUCAAGCUCAGUUUUACAACUUUCCAGCUGAGGCUUUCCAGGGGGCAAGGGACAUGUGGUCUGCUUAUUCGGAUAUGAGGGAGGCCAACUGGAAAGACUCAGACAAGUACUUCCAUGCCCGGGGAAACUAUGAUGCUGCCCAAAGGGGUCCUGGUGGCAAAUGGGCAGCUGAAGUGAUCAGUAAUGCCCGUGAAGGAUGGCAAGGAAAUAGUGGUCGUGGUCAUGAAGACUCUGAAGCAGAUCAGGUGGCCAAUCGCUGGGGCCGUGAAGGAAAUGAUCCAAACCGCUUCAGGCCUGCAGGCCUCCCUGACAAAUACUGAAUCAGUCAUCUUCACUAGGUGGGGAUUGCCAGAAGAAUGUGUUUGGAUAAAAUAGAUUUUUCUUCUGGAA